UUUUUAGUUUUGGCACUCCUCCCUUUCCGUACACCCGGAAGUUCUGUUUCACAACUAGCAGCAAGUCCGGCGUGACAUUCACCCGGCUGUUGGGGGUUGACUAAAGGCAAGACUACUACCACCCUGUGUCCUUGCCAACAUGAGAGUUUUUCAAACGGCACUUUUUUUGACAAAAAGGCAAGCUCUUGCUCCAAGAGGCGUCACUCUCAAGAAGGUGCUCAUCGGCAGCUGCCGACCAUGCUCCUCCGGUGUCCACCCCAACGAGAUGAUCCGCAACAUCGGAAUCUCCGCGCACAUCGACUCGGGGAAGACCACCUUGACCGAACGUGUGCUCUACUACACGGGAAGGAUAGCUGAGAUCCACGAGGUGAAGGGGAAGGAUGGCGUUGGAGCCACAAUGGACUCCAUGGAGUUGGAGAGGCAAAGAGGCAUCACCAUCCAGUCAGCUGCUACCUACACUAUGUGGAAGAACCACAACAUCAACAUCAUUGACACACCGGGUCACGUGGACUUCACCAUCGAAGUGGAGCGAGCGCUGCGUGUGCUUGACGGCGCCGUGUUGGUUCUCUGCGCCGUGGGUGGUGUCCAGUGUCAGACGAUGACGGUGAACCGGCAGAUGAAACGCUACAACGUGCCCUUCCUCACCUUUAUCAACAAACUGGACCGCAUGGGCGCCAACCCCGGGCGAUCCCUGCAGCAGCUGAGGACCAAAUUGAACCACAAUGCAGCCUUUGUGAACAUCCCCAUGGGCCUGGAGGGCAACAUGAGGGGCAUCAUUGACCUUGUAGAAGAGAGAAGCAUGUAUUUUGAAGGACCUUUUGGUCAAGUCAUCCGCUGCGACGAGAUCCCGGCAGAUUACCGCGCAGAGGCUGCAGACCGUAGGCAGGAAUUGUUUGAAUGUGUCGCUAAUGCCGAUGAAACCUUGGGAGAGAUGUUCUUGGAGGAAAAGAUUCCAAGCAUUGACGAAUUAAAGGCAGCAAUCCGCAGGGCCACAGUGCAGCGUCUCUUCUCGCCAGUGCUAGUGGGCACGGCGCUGAAGAACAAAGGUGUUCAGCCUCUGCUGGACGCUGUGGUUGAUUUUCUGCCCAACCCAACCGAGGUCAAAAACUACGCCAUCCUCAAUAACGAAGAUACCAGUGAGACAUCAAAAAUCCAGUUGGAUCCUAAAAGAGAACCCACAAACCUGUUUGUCAGUCUCGCCUUCAAACUGGAGGCGGGUCGAUUCGGUCAGCUGACAUACAUGCGAGUGUACCAGGGAUGCUUGAAGAAGGGGGAGUACAUCUACAACACGCGCACAAACAAGAAAGUGCGUGUGCAAAGGCUAGUGCGCCUGCACGCCGAUCAGAUGGAGGAUGUAGAUGAGGUGUACGCAGGUGAUAUCUGUGCUUUGUUUGGUAUCGACUGUGCCAGCGGAGACACCUUCACGUCCAAGACCAGCAAUAACCUCUCUAUGGAAUCCAUUCACAUCCCAGAUCCUGUCAUUUCCAUGUCCAUGAAGCCAGCCAACAAGAACGACUCUGAUAAAUUCUCCAAAGGCAUCAACCGUUUUACCCGAGAAGAUCCCACGUUCCGUGUUUAUUUUGACACGGAGAGUAAAGAGACCAUCAUCUCAGGCAUGGGAGAGCUGCAUUUAGAAAUCUACUCCCAGAGGAUGGAGAGAGAAUAUAACUGUCCCUGUGUGAUGGGAAAACCUAAGGUGUCUUUCAGGGAGACGAUCACUGCACCUGUGACGUUUGACUACACUCACAAGAAGCAGACUGGAGGUUCUGGUCAGUAUGGUAAAGUUAUUGGCGUUGUUGAGCCGCUGGAACAUAACACCAAGGUGGAGUUUGAAGACCAGACCGUGGGAACCAAUAUCCCAAGGCAGUUGAUCCCAGCUGUAGAAAAGGGCUUCAAGGAGGCGUGCGAGAAGGGACCCCUGAGUGGCCACAGGAUCUCAGGAGUGAGAUUCAUCCUGGAAGAUGGAGCACAUCAUAUAGUGGACUCCAAUGAGAUCUCCUUCAUCCGUGCAGGGGAGGGCGCUAUGAAGCAAGCUAUGGAGAAGGCAAAUGCCACCAUCCUGGAGCCCGUCAUGUCAGUGGAAAUUGUGGCACCUCAGGAGUUCCAAGGGGUGGUUAUCGCAGGCGUGAACCGUCGCCAUGGAACCAUUACAGGGCAGGAUGGAGCUGAAGGAUACUUCACCUUGUACGCCGAUGUUCCACUAAAUGACAUGUUUGGCUAUGCCACUGAACUACGCUCCUGUACUGAGGGUAAAGGCGAGUACACCAUGGAGUACAGCAGAUAUCAGCCCUGCCUGCCAAGCACGCAGGAAGAACUCAUCCACAAAUAUUUGGAGGCUACGGGUCAACUGCCUGCUAAGAAGAACAAAUGGAAGAGCUAAGAAUUUAUCAGGAUUUCUUUGGACUCUUUAUUAUUAGUGUAUGUUCCUUAUUAAGCUGGCCGUAAUCACGCUGAGCUAAGGCUUUAGCAACUGAAUAGUCCAGUUUCCUCUGUAACAGCCUAUUUAUUACCACAUUUUAGCAUCAUUGUCAGCCAGCAUUUCAAAAACGGUGGUGAAACAAAAUCAGACAAGGAACCAUAUGUGGUGACUAAAUCAAUAUUUCUAAUUUAUUUACAUACAUGACAGUAGAACGGCUUUUUUUUUUUAUUCUAGGCAAUCCUGAGUCACAGUUUUGACAGACAGUUAUAAUUAAAUAUUAUGCAAACUUAUGCAUAUCUAAUAAUAAUUUAAUACGAAGAUAUAUAUAUCCGGUAGUUUAAAAAAUGCUUAAAUACAUAUUUUACUUUUUAUUUGAAGAUACAUGAAAAGUUAAUUUCCAUUUGGGUAUUAAAAUUAGCAUGACAAAAAUAAUAAUAAUACAGAAAUAUAUACAAGUGGAAGUAUAUCAUUUUAAAAUGUGAAAUCCCCUUGUGGAUUGAUCAUUUAAAAAGUCAAAUGAUUACUGGGAUGGCUCCAGUAAUCAAGGUUUUCAAUUAUGUGAGCUCAGUCUUUUUACUGUUUUGGCUUUAGAGUUUUUGUACUAUGUACAGAAUGGCCUUGAUAUGAAUGACUGCAACAAAGACAAAGUAAACAUUGACUGUUUCUGUACAGAUUUAGUCUCCUCAUCUUAAAUCACUUGAUUGUCUACUGUCUAAUUUGCAAAUUAGAUGCAACGGAGUUCCUCUCACCUUCCAAAUGUUCUCCUCUCCUUCCACCGUCUCCAAUACCCUGUUGGGAUGAGCUGAUGUAUUUGCAUCAUCAGGUGUGAUGGUCUCAGCGGGGCUCCCAGUUACUCUAUUUAGCACAGUUAACCCCGCCACGGCAAAAAUGAUCCACAAAGUCAUGGUAGCAUGCAUUGCAGCACACGUCCUGGAGAAGUGGUGCGUGCAGGAGAAUGACCCUCAGCUGUUGUGUAACCGAGGAGGGGAAGUGGGGAGAAGAGGAUGUCCAGAUCCCGGCUGUCCUCCUCCUUGCACAAUCUGCUUAUUUUUGUUUCUCCAAACCAAACAACCUUGCUCCUCUUUAUCUGGCUUUGUGCUUCACGCGUCAUCUGGUGAACGUUGAUGAUUUUAAAGAGCAGUUAUCUGGAAAAGCUUCAUCACAAGUUUGUCAGUGCCAUGCUUAUCAGAAAUUGAACUGGUGUCAGGUGAUACACUUAAGCAGCUGGUACUAAUUGUCCUCAUUGUUUGGUCCGGUUGACUGAUAAGAAAGAGCAAGGAAAUCACACAGCAAGCAAAACACUAAUUGACUUGGCCGAAAGUUUCAGCUAUAAAAGCUUUUAAUGACACAAAGAAAGUCAUUCUUUUCUGUGGUGGGGUUUGAUAUAUAUUAGUAUAUUGAAUUAUUGGGCUUACUGUAUAUUGUAUUUAAUGCUGGUUUACAAGUUUAAUUUACAUAUGCCUACACACGGACAAUGUUGAAAUGUUUUUAUUGGUAUGUUGACAAAACACACAUUUUGCUACAUUUCUAUAAACUGAAAAGCAGGCCAGUUUAGUGUGAGUAUGCACCAAAUCGGACACUUACAGCGAGAGAUACUGCCAAGACAUGAAGACUCUGCAGCUGUUUAGAGAAUGUUCUUAUCAACAAAGCAUAGCAGAUAUUUUCUUCAGCACACAUCUCCCCUACAAAUGUGUCAAGAUAUAAUAUGAAAAUUAAUACAAGUAUUGGGAACCUCAGUAUUGGAGUAUUG